AUGUCUUCCUCCUUCCCAACUCUGAGGAACAUGGGGCGACUUGGGCUGGGCCACAUUUCUCCCGUGAGGCUCGUCCAAUGCAAAGACUUUUGGUUGAAUUACAACUGGCCAAAGGUGACUGUAGGACGAGGAUUUGGUGUCACAUACCAAUUGGUAUCAAAAAUCUGCCCCCUGAUGAUUUCUCGAAACCACUGUGUUUUGAAGCAGAAUCCUGAGGGCCAGUGGACAAUUAUGGACAACAAGAGUCUAAAUGGUGUUUGGCUGAACAGAGCACGUCUGGAACCUUUAAGGGUCUAUUCCAUUCAUCAGGGAGACUGCAUCCAACUUGGAGUGCCUCUGGAAAAUAAGGAGAAUGCAGAGUAUGAAUAUGAAGUUACUGAAGAAGACUGGGAGACAAUAUAUCCUUGUCUUUCCCCAAAGAAUGACCAGAUGAUAGAAAAAAAUAAGGAAUUGAGAACUAAAAGGAAAUUCAGUUUGGAUCAAUUAGGAGGUCCUGGAGCUGAAGGCCCCUCAAAUUUGAAAUCCAAAAUAAAUAAAGUGUCUUGUGAAUCUAGUCAGUCAGUGAAAUCACAGGGGAAAGGUGAAGUGGCCAGUACACCCUCUGAAAAUUUGGAUCCUAAGUUGACUGCCCUUGAGCCAAGUAAGAAGACCACAGGGGCUCCCAUUUACCCUGGCUUCCCCAUAGUCACAGAGGUUCAUCAUGAGCAGAAAGCCUCAAACUCUUCAGCAUCUCAGAGAAGCUUACAGAUGUUUAAGGUGACCAUGUCCAGGAUUCUGAGGCUGAAAAUACAGAUGCAAGAAAAACAUGAAGCCGUUAUGAAUGUGAAAAAGCAGACCCAAAAGGGGAACUCAAAGAAAAUUGUGCGAAUGGAGCAGGAACUGCAGGACUUACAGUCCCAGCUGUGUGCAGAGCAGGCGCAGCAGCAGGCAAGAGUGGAGCAACUAGAGAAGACUUUCCAGGAAGAGGAACAGCAUCUUCAGGGUUUGGAGAUAGCACAAGGAGAAGAGGACCUGAAGCAACAGCUGGCCCAGGCUCUGCAGGAGCAUUGGACUCUAAUGGAAGAGCUAAAUCGCAGCAAGAAGGACUUUGAAGCAAUCAUUCAAGCCAAGAACAAAGAAUUAGAGCAGACCAAGGAAGAGAAGGAGAAGGUGCAAGCACAGAAGGAAGAAGUUCUCAGCCACAUGAAUGAUGUGCUAGAGAAUGAGCUCCAAUGUAUUAUUUGUUCAGAAUACUUCAUUGAGGCUGUCACCUUGAACUGUGCCCACAGUUUCUGCUCCUACUGUAUCAAUGAAUGGAUGAAGCGGAAGAUAGAAUGCCCCAUUUGUCGGAAGGACAUUGAGUCCAAAACGUACUCUUUGGUUCUGGACAAUUGCAUUAAUAAGAUGGUAAAUAAUCUGAGCUCAGAAGUGAAAGAACGACGAAUUGUUCUCAUUAGGGAACGAAAAGCAAAGAGAUUGUUCUGAAGACCAUGCUCUAAGGGCCUUUGAACGACUGCCAGGCAAUGGGAGCCUGAGAUGGUCUGGAGCAUUCUCUCUAGCCGUGACUCCGCUGCUCUGAAGGUCAACUGAGAAGUCUUGUGGGACAGAGACUGAGUUAGGAAGCCCUCAGUCACUUGCCUUCCACGGUGGCCAGCCCUGCUGCCAUCAUUGGCUGAAGCACCACCAGGAUUCCCGGCACCCGACUGCUUUAGGGUACUUCAUAGACUCUGCCUCACUACAUGUCGAAUGAGUUAUUUGAGUUCUCUUUUGUUUUUUUAGUUUGUUGUUGUUGUUACUGUUUUGAUACCUCAGAAACACCUCCGUUGACAAUUGUUUUGGAUAGGUUGGGUGUACCCCGUGGCUGCCUCUAAAGGCGGUGUCUAUUUUGAGAGGAUGGCUUACCUCUUCUUUGUGAAAAUACUAUCUCAUUUCCUGGAAAUAAAAUGUAAAACCUGUCA